AUGCAUUUCACUUCAUUUCAUUUUGUUGCCCAGCUUCCUUCUCCUUACAUUUUGUUAGGAGAUUUCAGUGGUCACUAUUCUUUCUGGGGUAGCUCCGAUGAUAAUAGCAGAGGAAAAUUAAUAGCUGACUUCAUUUAUGACAAUGAUCUUUGCAUCUUUAAUGACGAAUCGCCUACGCAUUUCUGCUCAAAAAACAAAACUUUUUCUCAUCUAGAUCUGACAAUUAGCUCUCCAUCUUUGUUCCAAGAUUUUUCUUGGAGUGUCCACGACGAUCUCUGCCACAGUGAUCAUUAUCCUGUAAUUCUACGGAAUAAUGGUCCUUCACCUGUAGACAGGCCACAAAGAUGGAAACUCUCCAAAGCUAAUUGGCCUCUCUUUGAGGCUCUUUGCAUUUCUUUUUUUCCUCAAGAUGAUCUAGAUGAGGCAGAAGACCCGAUGGAAUUAUUUACCACCAUCUUACAAGAUGUAUCGGGUCAGGUGAUUCGUAAAACCUCGGCAACUCCAAAACGAUUCAAUAAACCAUGGUUUAACGAAGACUAUAAGACAGCACUGAAAGAACGUAAUCGUGCUCUAAGACUCCUUGAACGUUCUCCUACUGAUAACAAUGUGGCCUCUUUUCGCAUUGCACGGGCGAAAGCCAGAAGGACUAUCCGCCAAGCAAGGAGGUCGUCAUGGCAGGAGUACGUUUCAAGGAUCAACAGUCGUACGUCUUGUAAAUCAAUCUGGGAUAGGAUUCGUAGGAUCAAGGGUAAAGCGGAUACAAUAUCUGUGAACCAUCUAGAAAUAGAUGGUUCAACUCUCACCACUCUUCCAGAUAUUGCUAAUUCCUUGGGCCACACCUUUUCGUAUAAUUCUUCCUCUAACUUUUCCUCGGAUGCUUUUCGGAGAGUCAAACUCAGGGAAGAGAGGAAAAAACUUAAUUUUACAUCAAAAAACGAGGAAUAUUAUAAUGAUACCGAUGAUGAUGACGUUGAUGAUGCUACAGUUUCAGACAGUUGGAAACCUUCUGAAUCAGACACAGCUGCAAGUGACACUGAUGGCACGAUUAUUUAUGAUACUGACAAUGUUACAGCAACUGAAAAGCCAAUACAGACCUCCUGUCAUGAUACAAUACUUAUGAUGAAGGGGUUAGCGAUCAUACUUGGUGUAUCAAUUGCCAGAAUCAACUAUGUAUGUGAUGCCAUUACGCUUCAUGGAACGCCUGGUGAAGAUAAACGUUGGAAACAUGGAAGCAGGCCGUCAAUAUGUCAUUGA